AUUGUAUAAAUAUCGAAUUGAGUGAUGAGUCGCUUGUCGCGCCUAAUUUUAUAUAAUUUGUGUUUUUGUCAUUUUUAGUAUUCCAGCAUGUUAAUUAAAUGGUUUGAUGCUUUUAUCGAUACCUAAUAUUUAGAAAAACGAUCUGAGCGUAAAUACAUUGCAGAUUUCGUACCAAUGUUGGAAAGGUAACCUCUUUGAAUAGGGCAGCAAAAAAACGAAGGAGCAUCAUGAGUAAGAGACGAAGGGCAGGUUCUUUGCCCAGGUACACAGAAGAGGACUCCUUGGAUAGCCUUGAAGCAUCUACCAGUAGUGGGCCCACAGCACAAAAAAGAAGAAAGCUUUCAGAUCCUAUGGAAAUAUGUCAUCAGUUGGUAGAGAUCUUAAGAACACACAAAAAAGAUGAUGGAACUUUGCUCAGUGAAUCCUUUAUUCGAAUGCCAAAAAGAAGACAGGAGCCCAAAUAUUAUGAUGUUGUUCAAAAUCCCAUAGAUCUUCAAAAAAUACAUCAAAAACUGAAAAUGGACGAAUAUGAAGAUAUUGACGAUUUGCAGAGUGAUAUAGAGUUGUUGGUUAAUAAUACCAAAUCAUAUUAUAAAAGAAAUACACAAGAAUUUAAAGAUGCUGCAGAAAUUCUCGAUUUGUUUAUCACUAGCAAAAACAAGUUACGAGAAGAGGAACCGCAACCGUCCAGGAGAUCAACACAAUUAUCAAAUAACAAAUCUACACCCAACAACAAACCUAUAACAAAUAAUAAGUCUACCCCAGUAACAAAUAAUAAAAAAACCCCAAUUAAACAAUCUUCACCAGUACCUCAGUCAAAUGCCAAACGUAGUUUAACCAGGGCAGAGACUCGAAACAAUGUAAACCAUGACGAUAGUUCAUCAGAAAAGACAAAAGAUGAUGACAAUCCAUACGAGGAACUCCUGAAUGCCGUUUUAGAGGCUAGAGAUGAGAAUAAUAAGUUGUUGCAUCCAGCAUUUCAGGUGCUGCCCUCUCGAAAAAGGUAUCCAGACUAUUAUGAAGUUGUAGAGCAGCCAGUCGAUUUAAAAACCGUUAGCACAAAAGUGCAGACUAAUAAAUAUAGGUUUCUUAUUGAAAUGGAACGAGAUUUAUUGUUAAUGUGCAAAAAUGCAUGCUUAUACAAUGAACCCAAGUCUCAUAUAUAUAAUCAAGCGAAAACUUUGCGAAAGUUUGCCCAAACCAAGAGGAUCGAAAUUGAUCAACGAAGAGGUACUAUGCCUGUGCUGGCGACCCCAAACAAAACUAACUCCUCCCCAGCCUCUAACGUAAAGCACAGUGGUACGAGAAACUCUUUAAAUUCUACGAGAAACAGUUUAAAUUCCAGUAAUAAUAAAUCUACUCCGAAUUCCGGGAGGCCGUUGCGAUCGCCAGUUGUGACAAAAAGUAGCUCUUUACUUAAUUCUUCUAGGACUAGUUUAAAUUCUAAUAGACAUACUCCGGUUUCAGUUCGUGAUAGAUUAAGUACUGGUAGUGUAAAUAAAAAUAGUGUAUCAAGUGUAAAUAAAAAUGUCAGUGUAAGGCUGCAGAGGCUUAGUACGGGUUUGUCCCCACUCAGUGAUGUUGGGGGACCAAAACAUAGAAAGUUUACAGGUAGAAGAAGUGCAUCAGUGAAUGUUAAAGAAGAACCUGUUGCAGAUUCUGAUCCUGAAAAUCCGGAAGCAGAAAUUGACAUGAACAACCCCCAUUGGAAACUUUUUGAAACCGUUAGGACAGCUACCGGUACUAAUGGCAUGCCGAUGUCGGAUCCCUUCUGGAAGUUACCGUCACGAAAAUUUUAUCCGGACUACUACAAAGAAAUCAAAAACCCAAUGUCGUUAAGUCAAAUUAGGCAGAAGCUAGUCAAAAAGGGAUAUGGUACUUUAAGCGAAGUUGCGGGGGACUUAACUAUAAUCUUUGAAAAUGCCAAAAAGUACAAUAUUCCCGCGUCGAAGCUUUAUAAGGAUGCUGUCAGACUGCAAAAACUGAUGCAGAGUAAAGUCCAGGAACUACUUGAUGUUGAUCAGGUAACGACACACAGAGUCACUAACAAAAACCGAAAGUUGUUUACAGAAAACGAGAUUGUAGCUCGGCGAAAACCUGGACCUAAACCUAAACACCUGUUGUUCGGUUACACACCACAACGAGGCCGGCCUCCCAAAGAUUCCACUAUCCUCAAGAAGAAGUUACAUAUGUUGGCAAAAUUUAUGUUAGAUUACACGACUGAAGAUGGUAGAAAACCAAUGUUAGCCUUUAUAGAAAAACCUUCGAAAAAGCUCUACCCCGAAUAUUACGAAGUAAUAGCUGAACCAAUAGAUUUUCUAGAGAUAGAGUCUAAAAUAAAAUCCGAACAAUACAGCGGAGUGUCGGAUCUCGUCAAGGACUUCAAAUUAAUGUUCAGCAAUUGUAGGCAGUUUAACGAAGAGAAUUCGCCGAUAUACGAUGACGCGAAUGAUUUGGAGAAGUACCUGCUGAAAAAAGUAGCUCAGUUCAAACAAGUGCACGUGACACCGGAGAAACCUAAACGAGAGAGGGUAGUUUUAAAGCCAUACAAACCGAGGCGGAUUCUUUCACCUCUAGAAAAAACCUUAAAGAGUUUCUUCGAAGCUAUCAGAUACUUCCGUGAUCCGAAAGAUGCCCGACAAAUAUCACAGGCAUUCAUGAAACUACCCACGAAGAACGAGUAUCCAGAUUACUACGAAGUCAUUACCAAUCCCAUAGACAUGGAGAAAAUAUCACAUAAGAUUCGUUCCAACGAGUACGAGAGUCUCGAUGAUCUUUUUGCGGACUUCGUCUUAUUGUUUGAUAAUGCCUGCAAAUUUAACGAACCCGAUUCGCAGAUCUAUAAAGAUGCUCUAGUUCUCCAGAGGUUUCUAUUCCAAACGAAGUUGCAACUCAAAGAAGAUGAGAAUACCGUGCCAGAUGUCGAAGCUGCCAUACAAGAUAUUUUUCUUAAUCUUUUUACUAAUGUAUAUAAUUAUCAAGACGAUGAUGGCAGGUGUUACUCGGAUUCUAUGGCGGAUCUACCAGAACAUGAUGAGGUUGAUGGGAAAAAGGUUCGAGGAAUUUCUUUGGAUUUAAUAAAACGAAGAUUGGACAAGGGCUUGUACAAGCGUUUAGAUGUGUUCCAAGACGAUUUUUUCGCCUGUAUGGAAAGGGCGCGAUAUAUUUCGAGGACUGAUUCACAAGUGUUUGAGGAUUCCAUAGAUCUGCAGCUGUAUUUCAUCCAACAGAGAGAUGAAUUGUGCAAAAACGGAGAACUUCUAGCUUCACCUGCCCUCCUUUAUACGGAAGAGGAUGCGAAAUCGUUCAUAGACGAGAUACGAACCGAAAAAGCCUUGAAGGAAUCGAUUGAUGACGAUACGGAAACGAGGUGUUCGGAGGAUUCCAUAUUAAAAGAAAUACACGUUAACGAAGGAAUUAGCAAUAAUAAGGAGGAAGCUGUUAAGAAAGAAAAUGUGGAAACCAAAAAGAGUUCAACUCCGAUGAAAGAAAUAAAUGAUAAGGAAGAACACAGUGAUGACGAAGACGAAUCCAGUAAUAAAAAUAGUGAUAAGCCGAAUAACGGACAAAAAUUAAAUAGCGAUGAUGAAUCAGUUAAUAAAGAACCAAUUGAGAACUGUAAAAGUGAAGAAAGUGAUAACAAUAUUGAAGGUACUAAUGGUGAUAAAGACACUGGUAGUGACAAAGGUAGUGAAAAAGGUAGCAAAAGAAUUUUUAGUAGAAAACUUAGUGUAAAUAGUGACAUGAGUCUUGAUGAAUGUGUAACAGACAUACAAAACCAGUCAACCGAAGAACUUAACGGAGGAUGCAUGGAGGAUGAGUCUGUGUCAUUUAAGGGUCGGACAUUCUUAGUGGGUGACUUUGUGUAUGUAGAAGCCAAAGAGAAAGGAUGUGAACCGCAUAUCCUUUGUAUAGAGAGGUUGUGGGAGAAUAACGGCCAAAAGAUGUUGUACGGAAAUUAUUAUUUUAGACCUGCAGAAACGUAUCAUGUAACUACUAGGAAAUUUCUCGAACGAGAGGUUUUUAAAUCAGAUUCAUAUGUGGCUGUGCCAUUAGAGGAGGUUAUAGGAAGGUGCUGUGUAGUCAAUGUGAAACAUUAUUUUACCAUGAGGCCAGAAGGUUAUGAUCCAAAAGAUGUAUAUGUUUGCGAAUCUCGAUAUCGUACUAGGACUAGGCUAUUUAAGAAAAUCAAAGUAUAUCCCGACAAUCCAACGAUAAAAUUGGUUCCAAGGGAAGUUCCUCUUCAACCGAAGAGGGUUAUGUCUGUGUUCCGUGAACGCAUAGAAAAACACAAAGAUGAACUUCAGGAGUUACAAGAGCUGGAGCAGUUGCUCGAAAAAGAAAAACCUAAUAUCGUUGCUGAAAUUAAUAUGGAAAUAGAUGAUGGCAAUACUUACUACGAACAGUUCAAUACAGUGUGUUCUGGUAUGAUUAAAACGGGUGAUUAUGUAUAUGUAGUAGCCGAUGGGGGUAAACAAAUUAUAGCACAAAUAGACAGUAUUUGGGAAACGAAAGACGGAAAGUGUUACUUUCGUGGCCCAUGGUUCUUAUCUCCUUCAGAUAUUCCACACAAUCCAACUAGGUUAUUUUAUAAGCAAGAAGUAUUUCUGUCCAGUUUGGAAGACGCCAGUCCUAUUGUCAGUAUUAUUGGAAAGUGUCAUGUGUUGGAGCUUACCGACUGGGUUGUAUACCGUGUGACUGAGAUACCAGAACCAGACGUGUACAUAUGCGCGUCAAUGUACGACGAAAUCAACAAACAACUAAGGAAACUUCCACCGGGAGGACUCAAAAAGUACACGCACAAUCCCAUGGUUACCGAAGAUGAAAUUUACUUCUUCACAAGAAUUCUCCAUCCUCCAAAGGAGGCUUCUAUACAAUUAACAAAAAUGAAUGACAUGGAUAUAACCAUGGAAGAUUCUCUCGACGGUGGUCCACCGUCAGUUGGUUCAGGGGAAAUACCUGCUGUUAUUUCAAAUACCCCUGUUUCCACCCCUGUCUCAACUCCUGUUCCUACUAGCAAAAAGAAAACAAACAAGAACAAAGUUGUUACUGGCUACAUAUUGUACUCCAGAGAAGUACGAAAACAGGUCGUUCAGAAUAAUCCGGAGUCCACUUUUGGGGACAUCAGUCGUAUUGUAGGUAGUGAAUGGAAGUCUCUACCUACUAGUGAGAAACAGCAAUGGGAAGAAAAGGCAUCCAAAUUAAAUGAAGAAACCAAGGCAUUGUCGGUGUUAGAACAAGAUCAAUGUGGAAGCCCAGCUGUCGCUCAGGUUCCACCUCCACCACCAGUUGAUCAAGUUUUCGAAUGUAUGUGGGACAACUGUGACUACCAGUUUGAAGAGGUAUCCGAUCUGAUUGAACAUUGCGUCAAAGAUAAAGAAUCGCAAGGGCACGUGCAAGCAUUUUAUCAUGAAAACAAUUUGACAGAAUUCAAUUGCUAUUGGCGCAACUGCGCCAGGUCUAAGAAGAACGUUCCGCCUUUUCCUAAUAUUACCAGAUUGAUUAGGCAUGUACGUGACAUGCACAUCAACAAAGGCAAUGGAAGAAGCGUUCCUCCAGAAAAUCGCAGCAAGAACUUCAAGCCUUCCAGUAAGCCUCCAGCUGUUAGUCGUCCGACUCCCUCUGCUACUCCCACUGCUCCGGCUAGUAAUACUUUCAACACAACUUCCGGAAGUGUUUCUUCAUCCGUCACAGCUUUCCAUGCCUCAAUAUCUUCAGUUUUGUCUCCAAAUGCCCAAAAGCCACAGGAACCCAUGUUUAUAGCUGUUCCUCCACGUCCACAACGCGUACUACAUUCCGAAGCAUAUAUAAAAUAUAUUGAAGGUCUUCAAGCAGAAAACAAGCACAUAACUCCUUGGGAAAAAACUCUGCAAGCUGCACAAGAAAAUACUCCCGAACCCGACAUGGAAAAAUUGAAGAACGUUACUGCGUGGUUGGGACGCAAGGCAGACCAACACGAUAACGUAGUCGCAGCUUUGUGGACUCUUCGCAAUCAAUUGUUGAAAGAUACUUUAAGUUUACAUAAGACUUUGUAAUUAUUACCGUUAAGUUAAUUUAUUGAUGACUUAUACAUUUUUUCUUUGUGUGAAAAAAUAAGGUUUUACUUUAUUGUUAAUUAUUCAGUGUGUAUUAUUUUUCAAUUUUAUAUAGAACGAAAUAUAUGAACUGUAAAUGCU